AUGCAAAACCAAACAUAUCACCGGUUGGCUUUUCCUUGUUUGGUCAACCAAGACCCACAAUCUAUCUCUUAUCCGCCUCCAUCUCACCAUCUCCUCACAAACAAAUUUCAAUACGCCAUACCAAUCAUUGUAGGCCGAAUGCCUGAAGCACUUCAAAAGGCGGCCUCCUCCUGGCUUUCUCCCUCCAAAAAUCUCCAUAUUGUCAACAGCAAGACCACAAUCACCAGCUUUUCUUUCCUAACUUGCAGUAUGGCCAACAGACGUCUUUCUCAAGUUCCAUCCAGGCCCACCAACAAUAGACUUGAUGUGAUGUCAUGCGCAAUCCAAACUUGCAGCUACCAAGCUCUCGUUGAACAAGGCAUUGGUGGACCUUUGAUGUAUGCCCAAAACAUGUUGCCUUUGACCUACGGUCCUGCCUCCCCAAAAUCGUUGCCUUUGAAGGGCACCAACAGACAGUCCUAUUAUCCAUCUGCCCUGAUCACGCCUUCAAUUACGCCUUUCUUGAACCGUAGUCAUGCUGGCCUCACCCCCUCAUUGUCACAAUCAUCCUUGGUUUAUACUUUCAACCCACAUAUCAAUCCUUUAAUCUUUGAAAGCACCCAGCCAACUGAUUCUCCACCAAUGGACCUCACCACCCUCUCACCUGAUCUCAAUUCGACAAAUCGUCCUAACGCCUCCAAGAAAAGGCCCACAUUGACUUUAGAUAUGGAACCUGGAAAUGAUUUUGCAAUUGUUGACCGCACAAGACCGAACACAAGGCUGAUGACGCAGGUUUGGUGGACUUACCAACCCCCAAAGCUUUGCUGGAGUCUUUAA